AUGUGGAAGCUGAAGGUUUCAGAGAAGAAGGAGGAGGAGGAGGGGGUAAGAAGCAUGAACAAGCAUUUGGGAAGACAGUUCUGGGAGUUCGAUCAAAGUCUUGGAAGCGAAGAAGAGCGAGCUGAAGUGGAACAAGUUCGCAAAGAAUUUAACAAGAAUCGUUUCAAAUAUAAACACAGUUCUGAUCUUAUAAUGAGACUCCAGUUUGAAAGGGAAAAAGGCAUAAAGGGGGAGAAGGUAACAAGGAAGAUAAAAAUAGAAAGGGAGGAAGAUAUAAAUGAGCAAGUGGUGGGAAGCACACUGAAAAGAGCUUUGAGGAGUCUCUCGACUCUGCAAACUGAGGAUGGUUUCUGGCCCGCUGACUAUGGAGGACCUUUGUUUCUUUUACCUGGAUUGGUAAUAGGAUUAUGGGUAAGUGGUGCCCUUAAUGCAGUGUUGACGCGGGAGCAUCAAAGCGAGAUGCGGCGGUAUCUGAUGAAUCACCAGAACGAAGAUGGAGGGUGGGGGUUGCACAUAGAAGGGCACAGCAUAAUGUUUUCGACAGCUCUCAACUACGUGAGCUUGAGAUUGCUUGGAGAAGAGAUGGACGGUGGAGAGGGCAGCAUGAGGAAAGCAAGGACAUGGAUUCUUCAUCGUGGCGGAGUCACUCAUAUUCCUUCAUGGGGCAAACUCUGGCUUUCUGUGCUUGGUGUGUACGAAUGGAAAGGUAUGAAGCCAAUUCCACCAGAGAUUUGGCUUCUUCCCUACUCUCUUCCUUUCCACCCAGGAAGAUUUGUACCAUACGAGCCCAAUGAUCCAGAAUAUGUUACGGAGUUUUGUCCACAAUAUAGGGGAACCUCUUCUUUUGCGUUGGCCCUACUCCAAGCUAAGGCAGAAAGCACUCCAUCAUUAAAGACAGCCAACAAAGGAGGCAAGCCUUAUGAAACAGACUAUCUCUGGGUGGCAGAGGAUGGCAUGAAAAUGCAGGUAGUUGAAUGUCAGGGAUAUAAUGGUUCUCAAUUUUGGGAUGUUGUUUUGUCUGUUCAAGCAAUCUUAGCUACCAAUCUUGAGGAUGAAUAUGGUUCAAUGCUUAAGAAAGCAAACAAUUUCAUAAAAUGCUCACAGAUUACAGCAAACAGCUCUGGUAAUCUGAGUUACUGGUAUCGCCACAUUUCUAAAGGUGGUUGGCCUUUUUCAACUCCAGACAAUGGUUGGCCUGUGUCAGACUGCACUGCAGAAGGCUUGAAGACAGCCAUUUUGUUAUCAAAUUUGCCAUUUGAGAGAGUGGGAAAAGUAGUGGAAAUAGAACAACUAUGCGAUGCUGUCGAUUUAAUAUUAUCUCUACAGGUGUGUGUAGAAUGCACAUCAUCAUCUAUUCAAGGUCUUGCCUUAUUCACAGAACGAUACCCAACGUAUAAAAGGAAGGAGAUAGAAACUUGUAUUGCUGAGGCAGCAAAAUACAUUGAAAGCAUACAAUUAGCUGAUGGUUCAUGGUAUGGGUCAUGGGGAAUAUGUUACACCUAUGGAACAUGGUUUGGAAUAAAGGGGCUCAUAGCUUCCGGUAAAAGGUACCAAAAUAACCAGCACAUCAGAAGAGCAUGUGAAUUUUUGCUUUCCAAUCAACAAAUAUGUGGUGGGUGGGGAGAGAGCUAUCUUGCUUGUCAACAAAAGGUAUACAUGAAUCUAGAAGGAAACAAGUGUCAUGUAGUGAACACUGCGUGGGCUAUGUUGGCACUUAUUGAAGCAGGACAGGGUGAAAGAGAUCCAACCCCACUGCAUCGCGCGGCCAAGGUUUUGAUCAAUUCACAAAUGGAAAAUGGGGAGUUUCCCCAACAGGAAAUCAUGGGAGUCUUCAAUAAGAAUUGUACUAUCAGUUACUCUGCGUAUAGGAACAUAUUUCCAAUAUGGGCCCUUGGAGAGUAUCGAAGACGCAUAUUGUGUUGUCCUAAUAAGUAA